AGAACACAGAAGAAGAAAAAAGCAGAAGAGUGGGAAAACAGAUAAAACUGAGAGCGGCCAGAUAAAGUCAGAAGGAGUGAUGGAAGAGAGAAAUGCACGUGCUUGAGGGGGGACGGGCGUCCAUCGUCUAGCAGGCUGCACUGUGCUCCCUCUCUCUCUCUCUCUCUCUCUCUAAACGUUUCGCGAUCAUCAGACUCAGUCCCGCUCCCGCUCUCUCUGAAUUGCAUCUUUAUUUCGUAUUUCGUAACAAACAUUACCACCAACUGGAGAGCCGCUCUGCUCUCCCAGCCAAGCCAAGGCGCUCUCUCUGCCUCUGCCUCUGCUGACGCUGACGCAGAAACUGCUGGCGGUCGACGAAAAUUCGAAUUGGAAUUUGUUGACGUGCAAUUAGUAAAGUGCGCGCCAGGUUGUUAAAUGGUUAACCAAUAGCGGUUAGCGGUAAAACAAAAAACGUGGUAAGAGCGCGAACUAGUGGCAACAACGACAGCGUACAGCCAAAACGCGUACUUUCCGCAUAAGAAAAACGCAAAACAAAUUUGAAACUCUGUCGCUCUGUUGUGCAAUUAAAAAUAUAUAAGUUUAUAGAAAUUAAUGUAAAAAUAAUGGGAAUGCGCUGAAAGGGAAGUGCUUGAAGGCUUGCGGCAGAGAGAAGUGUGUGCGGGUGUUGCUCCCUCCUCAAUAUGUGCCCCAAGAAGUGGCAGCAACAGCAGCAGCAGCAACGACAGCGACAGCGACAGCCACAACGUGCUGCAACCGGAUAAAUUGGAAAAGUUUUUUUGUAAAAUCAAAGAAACAACAACAAAAUCCAGCCAAAAAAAGAAAAAUCGAAAAAAAAAAAAUAAAAUUAAAAAAAUUUCAAAUAAUUUUUUUUGUUUGUCUCCCCUCCAAUUGCCUUGCAAUAUAUCGUAAAUUGUUUUUUGAAUAUAAAUCUAUAUAUACGUGGGUGUAUAUACUAUAUAUAGCAUUAUAUGUAUUAUAUAUUUGUGUAUCGUGUGUGCGUGUGCCGUGUAUCUAUUCGUGUGCAUUCCAUCCAUUAAUUUUAUAACUCAAUCUAUGCGAAACAAAAUACCUUAAUCUACAUUUAAAUAACAACAAUAAAACGAAACGCAACGUGCUGACAAUGCGUUAAAAAAAUAUUGAAUAAUAAUACAAUCGAUAACUAAAAUUCAAUUAAAACCCACGAAUCGAUAAAUCGAAUCAAUUUAAAUCAAAAAAAAUGGCGGACAUCAUGCGUCCGCCGUACAGCGAGAUCAAGCGGCCAGACGAAAUCGUCAGAAUGACAACAGCCGACAAUCUGAAGUUCGCCGUCCUCAUCGGCCUCAUCGAGGUGGGGCAGGUCACCAACCGCGAGGUUGUGAACACCGUACUGCAUUUGUUGGUCGGCGGCGAAUUCGAUAUGGAAUUGAAUUUUGUGAUACAGGAUGCGCAGAAUAUCAAACAUAUGCUGGAGCUAUUGGAUCAUUGUCCGCCCAAUUUGCAGGCGGAAAUUUGGAGCGUUUUCAUAGCGAUUCUGCGUAAGAGCGUCCGCAAUCUGCAGGCCUGCACAGACGUUGGUCUCAUCGAGCAUGUCCUCGUCCGGCUGCAGCGCUCCGAAACGGUUGUGGCAGAUCUGCUCAUCGAGAUGCUGGGCGUUUUGGCCAGCUACAGCAUAACGGUCAAGGAGCUGAAGUUGCUCUUCGGAACGAUGAAGGCAACGAAUGGCAAGUGGCCGCGGCACUCGGCCAAAUUGUUGAACGUCCUGCGCCAAAUGCCGCACCGCAACGGGCCCGAUGUGUUCUUCAGCUUUCCGGGCCGCAAGGGAUCGGCCAUGGUCCUGCCGCCGCUGGCCAAAUGGCCGUAUGAGAAUGGAUUUACCUUUACCACAUGGUUUCGCCUGGAUCCCAUUAAUUCGGUGAACAUUGAGCGCGAGAAACCCUACCUCUACUGCUUCAAGACCUCUAAGGGCGUGGGCUAUACGGCGCACUUUGUGGGCAAUUGUCUGGUCCUCACAUCCAUGAAGGUGAAGGGCAAGGGCUUUCAGCAUUGCGUCAAAUACGAGUUCCAACCGCGAAAGUGGUAUAUGAUUGCCAUUGUGUAUAUAUACAAUCGUUGGACGAAAAGCGAAAUCAAGUGCCUCGUUAAUGGACAGCUGGCCUCUUCGACCGAAAUGGCCUGGUUUGUCUCGACAAACGAUCCCUUUGACAAAUGCUAUAUUGGCGCCACGCCGGAGCUGGACGAGGAGCGUGUCUUCUGUGGCCAAAUGUCGGCCAUUUAUCUGUUCAGCGAGGCGCUGACCACCCAACAGAUCUGCGCCAUGCAUCGCCUGGGGCCGGGCUAUAAGUCGCAGUUCCGCUUCGAUAACGAAUGCUAUCUGAAUCUGCCGGACAAUCACAAGCGGGUGAGUCACUUUCAACUGUUGCCAGCCUCGUCGCUGAUGGUGGCUGGGGGACUGGGCGUCAGCGGUGGUGGGAGCGGCAGUGGAGCGGGCAGUGGCAGUGCCACCGAUGCCGCUGCGGCAGCCGCCAGCGGCCAGCAGCAGUUGCAGCUGCAGUUCCAGACCCUGGCCGCCGAGCAGGAGGCUCGGGCCAUCGACUGGGCCGACGAGCGGCUUGAUCUGAAUGCGGCGUUUGUCAAGAUCCGGGCAGUGCUUACCGCACGCAAUGCCGUGACCCUGGCCGCGCUACCUGGGGCAGGAGCAGCAGCGGGAGCCACGGCUGCAUCAGCCACUGCUCCCGGAGGAGGAGCAGCAACACCCAACGAGAGCGGCAGCGGCGGUGGCAACAUCAUCGUGGCUGAUCCACAGCAGCAGCACCAGCAAAGCCCAAUCCCAAGCCAGGGAUCCGCUGGCGGCACUGCGGACGAUCCGCUCGGCCAUUUGCCCACUGGAAAUGCUUCUUUUGACCAACUGCGUCGCAUGUCGAGCAGCGUGAGCAGCCUGAACACCGUAUCCGGUGCCGACACCGAGGAGAUCAACCAGCUGAAAGCUGUGCUGUACGAUGGCAAGCUGUCGAAUGCCAUUGUCUUCAUGUACAAUCCAGUGGCCACCGAUGGCCAGCUCUGUUUGCAGUCAUCCCCCAAGGGAAAUGUAUCAUACUUUGUCCACACGCCGCAUGCGCUGAUGCUGCAGGAUGUUAAGGCGGUGGUCACGCACUCGAUACACUGCACCCUCAACUCCAUUGGCGGCAUCCAGGUGCUGUUCCCGCUGUUCUCGCAGCUGGACAUGGCCCACGAGGGCAUAGGGGACAUCAAGCGGGAUCCCUCCCUUUGCUCGAAGCUACUGGGCUUCAUCUGUGAACUGGUGGAGACAUCGCAGACGGUGCAGCAGCACAUGAUCCAGAACCGGGGCUUUCUGGUCAUCUCGUUCAUGCUUCAGCGCUCCUCCCGUGAGCAUCUCACACUGGAGGUGCUCGGCUCGUUCCUCAAUCUGACCAAAUAUCUGGUCACGUGCCUGUCGGCCAACAGCGAUCUGCUGCUAAAACAGUUGAACACAGGCCUGCGUAAUCCUUUCAAAAAAUUCUACCAGUUGUUCUGUUUCUCGUUUCUCACGUGGCAGCUGCUCGACCACGUGCUGUUCAACCCAGCACUGUGGAUCUACACGCCGGCGAAUGUCCAGGCCCGACUGUACUCCUAUCUGGCCACCGAGUUCCUCAGCGACACUCAGAUCUACAGCAAUGUGCGACGAGUGAGCACCGUCCUACAGACCGUGCACACCCUCAAGUACUAUUACUGGGUGGUAAAUCCACGUGCCAAGAGCGGCAUCAUACCGAAGGGCCUAGAUGGACCGCGUCCAGCGCAGAAGGAUAUACUGGCCAUACGUGCCUACAUCCUGCUGUUCCUCAAGCAACUGAUAAUGAUCGGCAACGGGGUCAAGGAGGAUGAACUGCAGAGCAUACUCAACUAUUUGACCACCAUGCAUGAGGACGAGAACCUGCACGAUGUGCUGCAAAUGCUCAUCUCAUUGAUGUCGGAGCAUCCCAGCUCCAUGGUACCUGCCUUCGAUGUGAAGCACGGCGUGCGCAGCAUCUUCAAGCUGCUGGCGGCCGAAAGUCAAUUGAUUCGCCUCCAAGCCCUCAAGCUUCUAGGGUUCUUCCUCUCGCGAAGCACACACAACGUAAACUCUUCCUCCCUGGCUAGGCGCAAGUACGACGUGAUGUCGCCCCACAAUCUCUACACACUGCUGGCCGAGCGCCUGCUGCUGUACGAGGAGUCGCUGUCGCUGCCAACCUACAAUGUCCUCUACGAGAUCAUGACGGAGCAUAUCUCGCAGCAGAUCCUCUACACACGCCACCCGGAGCCAGAGAGCCACUAUCGUCUGGAGAAUCCAAUGAUACUGAAGGUGGUGGCCACACUGAUCCGCCAGUCGAAGCAGACAGAGUCGCUGAUCGAUGUGAAGAAGCUGUUCCUGCAGGACAUGACGCUGCUGUGCAACAGCAAUCGGGAGAACCGGCGCACGGUGCUGCAGAUGUCCGUGUGGCAGGAGUGGCUCAUCGCGAUGGCAUACAUUCAUCCCAAGAACAGUGAGGAGCAGAAGAUCAGCGACAUGGUAUACUCGCUCUUCCGCAUGCUCCUGCAUCAUGCCAUCAAGCACGAGUAUGGCGGCUGGCGCGUCUGGGUGGACACACUGGCCAUCGUCCACUCGAAGGUCUCCUACGAGGAGUUCAAGCUGCAGUUUGCCCAGAUGUACGAGCACUAUGAGCGCCAGCGCACGGACAACAUCACUGAUCCCGCGCUGCGCCAGGCCCGGCCCAUCAGCACGAUCAGUGGCUGGGAGCGCGAAGAGCUGCAGCAGCAGCAGAACGGAGGAGGAGCUGGAGCUCCACCGGCUGCCAUUCAGAGCCAGGCCACGGUGCCGGCUGUGAAGGGAGCCGUGUCCAUUGCCUCGCUGGAGGAUGUGGCCGCCGUCGUCGAGGAAGAGGACGAUAUGGAGGAGGAGACCGUCGAGGAGCUGGAAAGCUUUGAGCUACCUGUCGAUGGCGAAGUAGAUCCCCAGGACCCCGCAGAUACUGCAGAUCCCGAUCCCGAUCGCGAUCCCUCCCUCCGUCCCGGCAGCGCUGAUGGAUCUGAGGCCACGACGGAUCAGGAGGUGCCAGCCGUGCCGCCGAGCACCAAGUCGGUCAUUGCCAACAUUUCCGACGUGUACAACGAGCAAAUCAAAACGGACGAAGCGCUCCAGGCCACGUCCACAUCCGCGUCCACUCUGGUACCGGCGCCCACCUGCAAUGGCAGCCUCGAGUCGGAGCUGAAGCUGGAAAAGGAGAAGAAGCCUCAGUCAGAGGUGGAUCCCACGACCACACCUUUGGAGGGAGGCCAGGCUGCGCUAAGGAAAGCCCUGCAGCUAGGCGACGACAUGGAUGUGGAGGAGCUAGAGCUGGCCACGGCCAAGGAUGCCCUCGAUGUGGAGCAGCAUGUGGCGCAUGUUCUGCAGUCCUCGGAGGCGGCGCUCAACGACUGCAAGCUGGUCAUGGACGAUGUCCUGCAGGAGGCCUCCUCCGUGCUGAAGGACGAAGAGAUUGAGCUGGCCGUCAACGAAGUGGUCCAGGGUGUUCUCAACAACGAGAAGAAGUCCCAGGAGCAGCAGAAGCAGCAGGAGCCGCAGGAUAAUGUCAGUCUUCUGAAUAGCAAGAAUCUGCUCAACAACAACUACAACAACAACAAUAAUCCCAGUCCCAGUGAAGAAGAGCGCAGAGAGGUGACCACCACCAGAGCCGCAGGGGAUGGAGAGGCGGAUGCGGAGGCGGAGACGGAAACGGAGGUCAAUGCCAACGAGAUCACCAACCACAGUGCCACAGCCACUCCGAUACCGAAGAGCGAAAGUCCCGCGGAAGCAGCGGCAGAAAAAGCGAAAGCGGAAACGGAAACUGCGACGAAAGCUGAAGCGGCAGCAGCUGCGCCAGCGGAAGCGGAACCAAGCCCGAGCCCCACACUAGAAGCAACCAAUCAAAAGACUGAAGAAGCAGCCAACAAGCUGAACAAUAACGAGAAAGUCGAGCAGCCAGAGAGCAGCCAGGAGAGCAUCUCCACGCCCGAGAUCAGCAUCAGUCCGGACACCAGCACAGAGCCGGAAAACGAGGAGAAUCUUCUCCUGCUGCAGUUGGCCGAGUCCGAGGCAGAGCCCCAGUUGAAGUCCGAGGUACAGCACGCAGCCGAGCCAAGCGAGGAUCUGGUGGAGCUGGCAGUGCGUGAUAUUGUGGAGCAGCUGAUCGAAAAGGUGAUCGAUUCCACAGCAGCGACAGACGCCCCAGCCAAAGCCGAGACGGAGACCAACAACAACGAGCUGCCCGGCUCCAAAGGAACGGAAACGGAAGCGGCAGCGGCAGCCAUAGUCGUGCCUGAGGAAGUGAAACCCCAACCGGAGGAAACACCCCAAAGCGUGGCAUCCGCAGCCGAAGAAAUUGUCCACGAGGUGGUCGAGGCUGCUCUUGUCCUCGCACAGGAAUCCCAACCAAUCCAAGAAGAGCCAGAGAAGACAGAGGAAACGGACACUAAAACGGUAAAAGAGGCCGACACCGAAACGGAAACAAAGGAGCAUGUGACGGCCAUUGUAAACGAAGUGCUGGACACACUGGUGGAGGAGACCGUGAAGGCGGUGGGCGAGACCGUCAACGUUAACAAGGUGGAGGCCUCAGAGCAGACGACCCAAACUUCACCGGCACCGCCGGAGGAGCAGCCAGAAGAGCAGCAGCCGCCUGCUACAGUGGCUCCCACGCCCGGCCGGGUCAAGCCCAUGGAGGUAGACUCGACCACCCAGACAACGCCAAAGAAUGAAGCUGGUAUCGGUGUCAUCCCUUCGCUGUUGACCCAGGAGGAAGUGCAGCUCCAGGAGGAGGAAUCCCAGACAAGGGAGACAGUGGAGGACUGUGAGGAGCCGUCGUCGGGCAUCGAGGGAAACGCUCAGCUCGAGUCCAGUCACUACGCGAAUCCAGCCAGUGGAGAGGCAAAACAGCAACAGCAGCAGCAACCGCAGCAGCAGCAGCGCUCCAAAUCCGGCUCGACGCGUCCCAUGUUCAGUCCGGGACCGACGCGUCCGCCCUUCCGCAUACCGGAAUUCAAGUGGUCGUACAUCCAUCAGCGGCUGCUCAGCGACGUGCUCUUCUCGCUGGAGACGGACAUCCAGGUGUGGCGCAGCCACUCCACCAAGAGCGUCUUGGACUUUGUCAACUCCAGCGAGAACGCGAUCUUCGUGGUAAAUACGGUGCAUCUGAUCUCCCAGUUGGCCGACAAUCUGAUCAUCGCCUGCGGUGGACUUUUGCCUCUGUUGGCCAGUGCUACAUCUCCGAAUUCGGAGCUGGAUGUGCUGGAGCCGACGCAGGGCAUGCCCCUGGAGGUGGCCGUAUCCUUCUUGCAGCGUCUCGUUAACAUGGCCGAUGUCCUGAUCUUUGCCACCUCGCUGAACUUUGGCGAACUGGAAGCCGAGAAGAACAUGUCCAGCGGUGGAAUACUGCGCCAGUGUCUGCGUCUCGUCUGCACCUGUGCGGUGCGCAACUGCCUCGAGUGCAAGGAGCGCACCCGCUACAAUGUGGGUGCCCUCGCACGGGAUGUGCCCGGGGCGGCGCAUCUGCAGGCACUCAUACGCGGCGCCCAAGCAUCGCCAAAGAACAUUGUGGAGUCAAUCACCGGUCAAUUAUCGCCCGUCAAGGAUCCCGAGAAGCUUCUGCAGGACAUGGACGUGAAUCGGUUGAGGGCCGUCAUCUAUCGUGAUGUGGAGGAGACGAAGCAAGCGCAGUUCCUCUCUCUGGCCAUUGUCUACUUCAUCUCCGUGCUGAUGGUGUCCAAGUACCGCGACAUUCUGGAGCCACCAGCAGAGCCACAGAUCCAGCGCCAGUCGCCGGUCCUGCAGCGCACCUCAGGCGGCGAAGCCGCCAGUGCGCGCCCUCUGUUCCCCCAAUGGUCGCACCAUGUCUACCCGCAAUUCCUGCCCGAGUCGCACCAGAAUCAUGUGGCUGCCGCCUCCUCCAUGCAACACCAGCAGCAGCAGCAACAUUACUACCACCAGCAACAGCAACAACAGAUGCAACAACAGACAUCCCAUAACCAUAGCCACCAUCAUACGAGUAUGACGGCUGCCUACUACCAGCAACAGCAGCAGCAGGCAGCAGCUACACAACAGCAGCAGCAGCAUCAACAGCACCAGCAGCAGCAACAGCUUGGUGGCAACAUCUCACCCACACCCUUGGCCACGCACUCGAGCAGCUCGUCCGCAAGCUCGACAGCCACCUCGCAGCCGGCCUCGAGCUCCUCGCUUUCCUCGCUGGCCUCUCAAAGCCACCAGCAGACGCACCGGCAGCUCCACAAGCAGCAACAGCAGCAGCAGCAACACUACCAUCCUCACCAACAGCAGUCCCACUAUGGAAUGAUCAAUGGCCAUCAGCAGCAACAGCAGCAGCAGCAGCAGCAGUUGAAUGGGAAGCAUUAUGGGGAGAAUGGAUCCACAGCUGGCUAUCAUCCGCACCCGCACUCUCAUUCGCAUCCGCAUGCUUAUGUGCGCAACGGAGAGACUGCCACACAGCAGAAUAGAUUGGCAGAGUACCAGAUGCCUGGAGGAGCAGCCGCUGGCACUGCAACUGGAACUGUAGCUGGAGGAGCUAUAGCUGGAGGCCUGGUGAAUGGCCAUGCCACGGGUGGUGGCAACAACAAUAAUGCCAACAUGAUGAACAACAUGCGGAAUCUGAGAAACGGCCACAGUGCUGCCACAUCAUCUGUUGGUGGAGCUGUGGUUGGGACAGGAGCUGGAUCUGGACCUGGACCUGGAUCUGGAGGCGUCAUGAGCAACAUGAACAUGGGCAUGGGAAUGGGCAUGGGAAUGGGUAUGGGGAUAGGCAUGGGAAUGGAAGGAGACGGUGAUGUUGGCGUAGGCGUAGGCGGAGGCGUGGCGUACAAGACAAACGCCAUAAACAAUAAUUACCGCUACAAUGGACAACGCACCGCAUCCGUUUCCGGCUCUGGAACAGGUGGACGCCAGAUCCAGGACAGCGACUAUGAAAUUAUUGUCGUGGAUGAGAACAAUCCGUCGGUGCUGGCGGAUAAUGAUUCGCAUUCGAGCGGACCGCCAUCGAUCAAGGCCAACAACCAGACAUCAACAACAGCCCAUAAUAUUUACAACAACAACAACACUAAGACAACAACAACAACAAAAAGUACUACCAUUACGACAGCAGCUGCAGCUGCAACAACAACAGCAACAACAACAACAACAAUUAAAAUUCAACAACAACCAUUGUCACCACCAAAGCCAAUGGUGCCACAGAGACUACCAAAGAGCGUCGACUCGGACGUGGGCUCCCUGAACAUGAACUCAACCGAAAACGAAGUUCCCGAGGUGGAGUCCUCCAGCGAGAUCCUGAUCGAUGACCACCACAAGCCCAGCCACUCGAACGACGAGAGCUGGACGGAUGUGAAUCUGAACGAGGAUGCCGCCGUUCAGGCGGCCAGCGCCGGCAUGGUGGUGGGACUCGUCGACGGUGGGGACAAGCAUGAUCCCUCCUCGGCCACCCAUCCCCAUUCCCAGCAUGGACAGCAGGGAGGCGCCGCAGGAGCAGGCGGGCCACAGCAGCAGCAGCAGCAACAGCAGCACGGACCACUGGGUCAUGGGAUCAUGGGUGGAGAGCGGGGCGACAAGCCCGACUCGGAGAUCUCUGUGGUGCGGGUUCCCGAUGGCUAUGGCAGCGGCUCGACGGGCUCUGCCUCCGGGGCGCCCGUAGGACCCGGCCAGGGCGUCGGCGGUGGCCAACGUCCGCGGCCCGAGGAGCUGCCAAUGAAGGCCCCGGCACUCGUGGCCCAGCUGCCGCUGACGACGCCCUCCCGGGAGGCGAGUCUCACACAGAAGCUGGAGAUCGCCCUGGGACCGGUGUGUCCGCUGCUGCGCGAGAUUAUGGUGGACUUUGCCCCGUUCCUGUCCAAGACGCUGGUCGGCUCGCACGGCCAGGAGCUGCUGAUGGAGGGCAAGGGCCUGACCACCUUCAAGAACUCGCACUCGGUGGUGGAGCUGGUGAUGCUGCUCUGCUCACAGGAGUGGCAGAACAGCCUCCAGAAGCACGCCGGCCUCGCCUUCAUCGAGCUGAUCAACGAGGGCCGUCUGCUCUCGCACGCCAUGAAGGACCACAUCGUGCGCGUGGCCAACGAGGCGGAGUUCAUCCUCAAUCGGAUGCGGGCCGACGAUGUCCUGAAACACGCCGACUUCGAGUCACAGUGCGCCCAGACGCUGCUGGAGCGGCGCGAGGAGGAGCGAAUGUGCGACCACCUCAUCACCGCUGCCCGUCGCCGGGACAAUGUCAUCGCCAGCCGCCUCCUGGAGAAGGUGCGCAACAUCAUGUGCAACCGCCACGGCGCCUGGGGCGAUGUCAGUGGAGUGGGCGUGGGCGCGGGAGUGGGGCCAGUUGCGAUCCAGAAGAGCACCUACUGGAAGCUGGAUGCCUGGGAAGACGAUGCCCGCCGGCGCAAGCGGAUGGUGCAGAACCCCCGCGGCUCCUCCCACCCGCAGGCCACGCUGAAGGCGGCCCUCGAGAACGGAGGGCCCGAGGACGCCAUACUGCAGACGCGCGACGAGUUCCACACCCAGAUCGCCGUCUCGCGGGCCCAUCCCUCGGCACAGCACAACGGAGAGCUGCUGGACGAUGCCGAGCUGCUGAUCGAGGACCGGGAGCUGGACCUCGAUCUCACGGGGCCGGUGAACAUCAGCACGAAGGCGCGCCUGAUUGCCCCCGGACUGGUGGCCCCUGGCACCGUCUCGAUCACUAGCACGGAGAUGUUCUUCGAGGUGGACGAGGAGCAUUCGGAGUUCCAGAAGAUCGACGGCGAGGUGCUCAAGUACUGCGACCAUCUGCACGGCAAGUGGUACUUCUCGGAGGUGCGCGCGAUCUUCUCGCGCCGCUACCUGCUGCAGAACGUCGCCCUGGAGAUAUUCCUGGCGAGCCGCACCUCCAUCCUGUUCGCCUUCCCCGACCAGCACACCGUCAAGAAAGUGAUCAAGGCCCUGCCGCGUGUGGGCGUUGGCAUCAAGUACGGCAUACCGCAGACGCGCCGCGCCUCUAUGAUGUCCCCCCGCCAGCUAAUGCGCAACUCGAACAUGACCCAGAAGUGGCAGCGGCGCGAGAUCUCCAACUUCGAGUACUUGAUGUUCCUGAACACGAUCGCGGGGCGGACAUACAACGACCUCAACCAGUAUCCCAUCUUCCCCUGGGUGCUGACCAACUACGAGUCGAAGGACCUGGACCUCAGCCUGCCCUCCAACUACCGGGAUCUGUCCAAGCCGAUCGGCGCCCUGAAUCCGUCGCGUCGCGCCUACUUCGAGGAGCGGUACGAGAGCUGGGACAGCGACACCAUUCCGCCCUUCCACUACGGCACCCACUACUCGACGGCGGCCUUCACUCUCAACUGGCUGGUGCGCGUGGAGCCCUUCACGACCAUGUUCCUGGCGCUGCAGGGCGGCAAGUUCGACUAUCCGGACAGGUUGUUCUCGUCCGUGUCGCUGUCGUGGAAGAACUGCCAGCGGGACACGUCGGAUGUGAAGGAGCUGAUACCAGAGUGGUAUUUCCUGCCGGAGAUGUUCUACAAUGCCUCCGGCUACAGACUGGGACACCGUGAGGACGGGGCCCUGGUGGACGACAUCGAGCUGCCGCCGUGGGCCAAGAGCCCCGAGGAGUUCGUACGCAUCAAUCGCAUGGCCUUGGAGUCGGAGUUCGUCUCCUGCCAGCUGCACCAGUGGAUCGAUCUGAUAUUCGGCUACAAGCAGCGCGGACCCGAGGCCAUCCGGGCCACCAAUGUCUUCUACUAUCUCACCUACGAGGGCAGCGUCGAUCUGGACGGCGUCCUCGAUCCGGUGAUGCGCGAAGCGGUCGAGAACCAGAUCCGCAACUUUGGCCAGACGCCCAGCCAGCUGCUGAUGGAGCCCCAUCCGCCGCGCAGCUCCGCCAUGCAUCUCUCCCCCAUGAUGUUCAGCGCCAUGCCCGAGGAUCUGUGCCAAAUGCUCAAGUUCUACCAGAACUCGCCGGUCAUCCACAUCUCGGCCAACACGUACCCACAGCUGUCGCUGCCGUCCGUCGUCACCGUGACCGCCGGGCAUCAGUUUGCCGUCAAUCGCUGGAACUGCAACUACACCGCAUCCGUCCAGAGUCCCAGCUAUGCUGAGUCGCCCCAGUCGCCCGGUUCCAAUCAGCCGCUGACCAUCGACCCGGUUCUCGCUGUGCACGGCGCCAAUAACAACAGCAAUGCGGUGAGCCGCCGCCAUUUAGGGGACAACUUCAGCCAAAUGCUGAAGAUCCGCUCCAACUGCUUUGUGACCACGGUGGACAGCCGUUUCCUGAUUGCCUGCGGCUUCUGGGACAACAGUUUCCGCGUCUUUGCCACCGAAACUGCGAAAAUCGUACAGAUAGUGUUCGGACACUUUGGGGUGGUCACCUGCAUGGCCCGCUCGGAGUGCAACAUCACAUCCGACUGCUACAUCGCAUCGGGAUCGGCGGACUGCACGGUGCUGCUGUGGCACUGGAAUGCCCGCACCCAGAGCAUUGUGGGCGAGGGCGACGUGCCCACACCGCGGGCCACCCUCACGGGCCACGAACAGGCCGUCACCUCGGUGGUGAUCAGCGCCGAGCUGGGCCUAGUCGUCUCCGGGUCAUCCAAUGGUCCCGUGCUCAUACACACGACGUUCGGGGAUCUGCUGCGUUCGCUGGACCCGCCAUCGGAGUUUCAUUCCCCGGAGCUGAUCACCAUGUCCCGGGAGGGCUUCAUUGUGAUCAACUACGACAAGGGAAAUGUGGCCGCCUACACUAUCAAUGGCAAGAAGCUGCGCCAUGAGACGCACAACGACAAUCUGCAGUGCAUGCUGCUGUCGCGCGAUGGCGAAUACCUGAUGACCGCCGGCGAUCGUGGCAUCGUGGAGGUGUGGCGCACCUUUAACCUAGCACCACUCUAUGCCUUCCCCGCAUGCAAUGCGGGCAUUCGAUCCCUGGCCUUGACACACGAUCAAAAAUAUCUGCUGGCUGGACUCUCCACGGGCUCGAUCAUUGUGUUUCACAUCGACUUCAACCGCUGGCACCACGAGUACCAGCAGCGCUACUAAUCGAAGCCACUGACAUUCCAAUCCCAGGAGAACACGCGCCGAUCCCCGCCAAGGAGAAAGAGAGUGAAAGCAGAUGUACUUAAAAGAAUGAUGAAUGGAGAUGGAGAUAGAGAGGGAGAGGGAGAGCAGCAGCGUGCGUUCGAGGAAUGGGCGUGAGAUGAUCGUUUUUUUUUCUAUAGACCUUUACAAACUUUAGGCUAGUAAGCAACACUAUGGUUUUUUUUUGUCUAGUAAUAAUUGUGCGUUGGUGUGUUGGUCGAAAACAAAAGGAAAAUUACAAAAAAAAAAACACAAAAAAAAAACAACAGAAAAGAUAACAUUUUUUUACUAGAUUUACGAAUUGUAUGUUAGGUUAUGGCAAUGGAAAUGGCGACAGAGAAAAGUGCGGGGAAAAGAGAGGAGCAAAAGAGGAAGUAGGAAUGGAAUAAAGAGAGCUAAGGAGACGUGGAGUCGGCUGUAGGAGGUAGGAAGCGGCUUAAGUAAGUAGUUGAAAUAAGACAAAUGAAGUUAGUGUUUAUAAAACGCAAUAAGCAGUUAAUAAAUAUAAAUCUACAACUAAAUCUACAGCUAAUUCCCACAUGCAUUACUAUAAUAACAAUUGUAGCAAAGUUCUCAAAAGAAAGUAAAUCGAUAACAAGCCUAAAAAACGCAAUUAAAGGAAGCCGAAGAAGGCGGAAACGGAAGCGGAAACAGAAGCGGGAAUAUAUAAUGAAACUAAAGCGGCCAAAAGUAGGAAUGAGGGAAGCGAGGAGCAAAGAGCAAGGAAAUAAAGCCAAUUUUUAAUUAUAGCGUUAGUUCUCUGAGCCACACACAAAGCUACCCACAGAUAUACACAGAUACACGAAAACACACACAGACAUCUACAAGCAAAGUAUAGGCGAUAACUAAGAAAGGAGGGAAUAGAGAGAGAAUAAAGAGCGGAAUUUUAAUACACACAGACACUCCCACACAGACGCACACCGGCACACACACUGACACGUAUAGGUAUUUGUAGCUAAACUAAAACUAAUUCUUAGCUCCGCAAAACUAAAUCUUAAACCCCUAAAUUAUCACAGCACUGCUAAAACGGGCCACACAUAAAUAUACACGAAUAUGAAUAAAUAUAUACAUACAUUUAUCCAA